AUGCAGGACCGGGCGGCAGUGCCUCUGGAGCCGACGAGGCGAGGAGGGAUCGGCGAGGGCGACUGGGAGCGCCCUCGUGAAGGGGCGGUGGUGUACCAGGGGCGCGCGUCGCACUACAUGCUCGGCACGAACAUCCCCAUGCAGGUCGAGCUUUUCUGGACGAAACACCGCGCGAGCGGUACGUGGUUCAUGCUUCGCAGUUGCGUGGACGUCGUUGCCGAGAGGACCGACGGCGGACACUUGACCGUCCGUGCUGCCAGCGGCGGCACGAUCGCCAAGCUCUUGGGGAAGUGGGUGGCGCCCAACCGCCUCGCCGGUGAUUUCCACUUUGGUACCGACGGUGGCGGCGCCUUCGAGCUCCUGCAGUGCCAUCUUGUCUCUGUGUGGGCCGGUUCUGUCCACUGGGCCUCUUCCAGACCCUCAAGCGGCGCGUCGAGCGUGGACUCGUUGGCCUCCCUGCCCGUGCAAGAGCAUGCCUGGAGCUGCUUCGGGCCGCCACCAGAGCAGUGGAGCCAGCCUUCGGUGCAGGCCCUCGUCCCAGAGGCUGCUGCCAAGGAGAUGGACUCCCAGGUGAUCUUCACCACGGAGGCGCAGCUCGCCAACGCAAUCGCUGAUGUCCUGAGGACGCGCCGAGACGGAGUCCCUCUGGCCCAGUUCAAGUCGAUCAUCCACAAAAGCGCGGGCAUGUGGGUCUCUGAGGGUUUCCUCGGCUACAAGAAGUUCCGCAACCUCAUCACGUCGCCUACCGUGUCCAAGGUAUGCUGCAUCCAGCAUGUCGGCAGUUGUGACCGGGUAUUUGGGUACGAGACAGCAAUGGGUCAGACGCGAUUCGUUCCUAUCGAGAACAGUUCCGGAAAGCAGCAUCACUUCGAAGGAGAGCACAUUGGAUUCCAGCCUCCGCACGGAUUGCAGUUUCCACUUGGGAGGUUGGCAGUGUCACUUUAG